GUGGGAUUGUGAUGCUGUGACGUCACUUCCUGUCGGUGCCCUCUGUCUCGGGAAUGGAAAUUCAGAAGGAAGCUCUGCGCAGGAUCAUCAGCACGUUAGCCAAUAAGAAUAAAGAGCUCCAUAACUUCCUGGAGACAGUUGACAACACUCUGACGGGACUGCAGGAGGAGUCAUGCACGGUGACGUCAGACCUAGAGGCGGAGCUUGAGCAGCUCCACUCCGCCCUCAACGAGAAGGGGGAGGAGCUCCGUGAGGCUAUCAAAGAGGAGACGUGCAGGAAGGAGGCGGAACUUCAGAAGCAACAGUCGGAGGGAAAGUUCGCACUUCUGUCAUGUGAGGAGCUGCUCGAGUUCGCACAUGAAACAUUGACCAUCGCCACCGAAGAAGAAUUCCUAAAGGCCGCAAAACAAAUCAAAGAAAGGGUAACAAUGGCUCCGGCAUUUCGGCUGACAACUCGUCCAGCGGCGUCGGGGAACAUGGCGAAAUUCACCGUGGACUUUAGUCCCGAGAGGGAGGGGCUUCAACGACUUCACUUCCUGCCAGUACCCAGACCUCCAGAGAUCGACAUGUCCAGCUGCAUCAUCGGUGACAACAACAUCACUGUUGCCUGGCAACCAGCAGGGGAGGGUGAAGGUGAGAGCGUCAGCGGACCAAUCAAAUGCUUCGACCUGGAAUAUCAAAAAACAAACCAUGAAAUCUCGCUGAAAGCAGCAGGAGAAGGAUGCUGGGAAAAAAUCUGUGACAUCACAGAGCCUCAGGUCACCAUCUCAGGUCUGAAGUUCGAUUCUCGCUUCGUUGUCAUUCGAGUGCGAGCAAAAAACAAAAUGGCUGCUGGAGAGUUUUCUGACUCUGUCACCGUGGAAACCAGAGCGUUUAAUUUUGGCUUUGACGCGUCGACGGCUCACGCUGAGCUGAAGGUUCACGGGGACACGGUGACCUGGGAGCCUCAAGGGGUCAAAGUUCAUGACCCCCGACUCAGAGUGAAAGAGAGCAGAAGCAGCAUCAGAAGCGCCACGCCAUCACCCAAUAAGACGGCAGGAAGUCGAGCUGGACGGGACAGAUUUGCUGGAGAGUCGUACACAGUUCUGGGUGACCAGGAGAUGACUGAAGGCUGCCACUACUGGGAGCUCCGCCCCCUGGCAGACUGGAAGUCGUUCAGUGUGGGUGUGGCAUAUCAGGCCAGCCUUGGCCGUUUUGACCAAUUAGGUAAGAGUGCUGGUUCCUGGUGUCUUCACGCCAGCCAAUGGCUGCAAACCUCGCUUGCUGCCAAACACAACAACCGAGCAAAGGCGCUGGAUUGGCCGCUGCCUCAACGAAUUGGAAUCUACUGCAACUACGACAACGGCGAUUUAUCGUUUAUUGACGUUGAUCGACUUCGUCUUCUUCAUUCCUUCAAAACAAAGUUCAGUCAACCCCUUGUCCCUGCCUUCACUGUUUGGUGCGGCGGUAUCACCGUAGCAACAGGUCGGCAGGUCCCGAGCUUCAUGGGAAACUUCCUCUCCACCAAUCGGAGCCUGAGUGACUUGUCUCAGUAAAAAACUUUAGUUAUUAGUUUUUAGUCUGUUUUGGUAUUUUUCCUAUUGUCAAUAAUUGAAUUUCUAUUUAUAAAUAAACAAAUA